CCCGUUUGCUGGGGGAGAAAACUCGGGAGCGAUCUAGCCAACAGCCGAUGUAAUCCGCCGGCUAGAGACGCGGGCUAGCUGAAGGCCCUCGCUGUGUUUAUAUUUGUCGAUGCGCACAUCCAUUGUGCAAUCGCACCCCAACCAACAGCUCGCUCGCUCGCAGCGCCGGGGCCUCUCUCCGGCUUUCUCCAGCUGCCGAGCGUGGCUCCUCCUUCCCGGCCCUCCUGCCCCGCCGCCUUCCGUUACGUGUGGCCGCCCCCCUCUCCGCUGCACAGCGGACUGUCUCACCCCCUCUCUCUCUCUCUCACUGGAGCUCCGAGCGCCGGACCGCACUCGCACCGAGCACACACAGAGCCAUGGCAGAAAACGCCGGCUUGGAGAACCACCGCAUCAAGAGCUUUAAAAACAAGGGACGCGAUGUCGAGACUAUGAGAAGACAUCGGAAUGAAGUGACAGUAGAACUGAGAAAGAACAAAAGAGAUGAGCACCUACUGAAGAAGCGAAAUGUGCCACAAGAAGAAAGCCUAGAAGACUCUGAUGUAGAUGCUGAUUUCAAAGGGCAAAAUGUAACACUAGAUGCCAUCUUACAGAACGCCACCAGUGAUAAUGCAGUGGUACAGCUGAGCGCAGUGCAGGCUGCAAGAAAAUUACUUUCCAGUGACAGAAACCCCCCCAUCGACGACUUGAUAAAAUCUGGAAUCCUGCCCAUUCUAGUGAAAUGCCUGGAGCGGGACGAUAAUCCAUCCUUGCAGUUUGAAGCUGCCUGGGCAUUGACUAACAUUGCAUCUGGUACUUCUGCACAAACCCAAGCUGUGGUCAAAUCCAAUGCUGUGCCACUCUUCCUGCGACUUCUGCAUUCCCCUCACCAGAAUGUAUGUGAGCAAGCAGUCUGGGCUCUGGGAAAUAUCAUUGGGGACGGGCCCCAGUGUAGAGACUACGUCAUCUCUCUGGGGGUCGUCAAGCCCCUCCUGUCCUUCAUCAACCCCUCCAUUCCCAUCACCUUCCUGCGCAACGUCACCUGGGUGAUCGUCAACCUGUGCCGGAACAAAGACCCCCCACCGCCCAUGGAGACAGUGCAGGAGAUCUUGCCAGCAUUGUGUGUUCUAAUAUAUCAUACGGACAUCAAUAUCCUGGUGGACACAGUCUGGGCCCUAUCCUACCUAACAGAUGGGGGGAAUGAACAAAUCCAGAUGGUCAUUGAUUCUGGAGUGGUGCCCUUCCUAGUCCCACUACUCAGCCAUCAAGAGGUCAAAGUUCAGACUGCUGCGUUGAGGGCAGUGGGGAACAUUGUGACUGGCACUGAUGAACAGACUCAAGUGGUGUUGAAUUGUGAUGUGCUCUCACACUUCCCCAACCUGCUAACACACCCGAAAGAGAAGAUAAACAAGGAAGCCGUCUGGUUCCUUUCGAACAUCACAGCUGGGAACCAGCAGCAGGUCCAGGCGGUGAUAGAUGCUGGCUUGAUUCCAAUGAUCAUACAUCAGCUGGCUAAGGGGGAUUUUGGCACGCAAAAAGAAGCAGCCUGGGCGAUUAGUAACCUAACAAUAAGCGGAAGGAAAGAUCAGGUGGAGUACCUGGUGCAGCAGAAUGUCAUCCCUCCGUUCUGCAACCUGCUGUCGGUGAAGGAUUCGCAGGUGGUCCAGGUGGUCCUAGACGGGCUGAAAAACAUCUUAAUUAUGGCUGGGGAAGAGGCGAGCACAAUAGCUGAAAUCAUCGAGGAGUGUGGAGGUCUGGAGAAAAUAGAAAAUCUGCAGCAGCAUGAAAAUGAGGACAUCUACAAAUUAGCAUUUGAAAUUAUUGAUCAGUACUUUUCAGGAGAUGAUAUUGACGAGGAUCCCAGCCUGAUUCCUGAGCCUACCCAAGGAGGAACCUUUAAUUUUGACCCUGCGUCCAACUUGCAAACCAAGGAGUUCAAAUUUUAAGGAAAUUGGAUGUUUCAGCUGCUCUGCACCACCUACCAACUUCAAAAACACCACAAGAGAUUCACUAACCAGAAAAAAAAAUAAAACAAGCACUGAAGGAUCAAAGACAAUUUGUGCAUCUUCAGUCGAUGCUUCUACAGUUAAAAAAAGCCUCUUUGUCAGUCACUUUGCAGUUGCCAAAAGUUGCUACCACACAGACUAAGGAUUAAGUGUGCAUGAAUAUAAACCCAUUUUAUUUGCCAUCAUAUCAGUGAAGAAAACAAAAUCCCAGCAUUUGUGAAUGGGUUUUUUUGCCUUUCCUUCCCUGGUAUCACAUCCUCGCCACCAACUCCAGUAAUCACUUUUAAAACCAGUAACCCGUUUUAAGAUGUUGAAACUUAAAACUCAGUGUGUGGCAAAAUGAUAUGUGGAUUUCGACUGAAAGAGCUUUGAAUUUUUUGAGAAGGAAAAGGGGAGAGGGGAGAAGUUCAACAUGGAUGGACGAACAUUGUCAUUUGUCGCCACAGCUUUUUUUCAUGGAAGAAUGAGGUUUUUUUAAUGUAAAAAAGACGAUGUGAACAAAAAAUACUUGUAAGAAAUGACACAAUUAAGUGGAGAAAAGGUUCAUUUUACUUAAAUUCUUUCAGAAAAGGACUUUGUAGCAUUCAUUUUUUUGUAGGUCUGGGGGACGAGAAUGAAAAGAAAAUUUAAGAAUUGAACUCUUCUGUUGGAGCCGACACUUUUGACUGAAAUUAUCACACUUAAUAUUGAAGACUGAAGUCCUGCUUGACUACUGAUUUCAACCUGUGUUCCUCCUCAUUCAAGUAGUCAGCUGCUGUGCAUGGUCUUUUGAAAUGCAAUCUCCGUUAAGCUUUUUAAACUGAAAGCAGGAGUUCUGAUUCUGAUGUAAAAGUUCUGAGCAGUGUCCUGAUAAUUCCUCUCCGAAUAUGUAUAACUACCAAUCUUGCUUUCAGCUGUUUUUUUUCCUUUUAGGGUUGAUUAUAUAUUUUUAGUUUAAAUUGAGAGUAAAAAAAGUAGUGACAAUGGUUGGAUUGUACUGGGUUUAAUCUGUGGAUCUUCCAAGUUUGCAGUAAUUCAGUCUUACGCACACAUCAAAACUGUAACCUGUGCUUAAUUGUGAAAGGCAGCAAUUACAGAGUAUUAAAAAUUAAAGGAAAAAACUGAAUCAUGUGGCCCAUGACCUUUGCAAUACUUUUUUUCAGAAGGUUUCGUGCUACAACUCAAUUGUACAAAAGUAUAUCUUUCCAAUUGUCAUAUAUAAGGCUUGUAUAAAAGCUGCAGUGGCUGCUAACUGUACAUCUGGGAUAUUCUGCAGAAUAAUAUUGUAUUUACUGUUCAAAUUAACGGGGAGUUUUGUUUUUAACAUGCGUAUCGUGAUAAAGAUGAUACCAUUAUUGGAAUGGGUUUUAUUGCUGUUGUGACUGGGCAUAAAUGUCUUCGUCUCCCUGUGCAUUUAUUUGUAAAGGGAUUUAAAAAAGUUGCGUUUGGACUAAUGUAGUUAUGUUUUGGCUGCUAACUACUGCAAAGAUGUCGGAUUUGGAAUGCAGUCAGAGCUUUCUGGAGUAGCCAUUUAUAACUGAUGAACAAAAUCUUUAGCAGGUGUACAUUCAUGAUUUAUCUAGACGCCUAGAAAGAGCCACUUUAAAGAGUAGAGUUGUCUUGUAUCAGAAAUUGAUACAAGCUUAUGUACAUUGCAAGAUUUUUACUUGCUAAAGAAACUUGUUUUAAAAUGUGACAGAUUGCAUUUUGGCCUCUGAUUAUUUAUAUCUUUUUAUAAAUUUUAGAUUCAAUUUCUCUUUAAGGUGGCUCAUUGUUUCCUUCAACUCUUGUGCAUAUUAAAGAAUGAGUUGAAAUUCAUUGUGCCUUUGUUUUUCAUUUUCUUAAACUUUUUACAUUAAAAUACAUUUAGCAUGGAGUUAUUUGAAAAACAGCAAUUGAGUGAACACAGAGCAAUGGGGCUUUUCUGUAGAUUGGCAAAAAAUAAAUUUGUAGCACUUGACAUUGUGUAUAUAUAUUCCCUUAUGCCCUCUUCACUCCCAAUCCUAACUGCGUUCAUGUAAUUUCUCUGUUUAAGGUUUAAUUUAAGUGACAUAACAUCCGUUCACAUUUUCCCUCUUCAGAGCAUUGUUUCUGUAUUAGUUACACUAACAAAAAUAAACUUGCUGUUAGCUCUUU